GAGACAGAAGUCAGAUGCAUUCAGAGGCGUGAAAAAGUGUUGCAGAGAGAAGCUGCGCUUGCUUUCAUGGUCUGCCGUUUGGCAGGGCAGUAAGAUGUCCGUGGACAUGAACAGCCAGGGCUCUGACAGCAAUGAAGAGGAUUAUGACCCUAACUGUGAGGAGGAGGAAGAGGAGGAGGAUCCUGGGGAUAUGGAGGAUUAUUAUAUUGGGGUAGCUAAUGACGUGGAGCAGCAGGGAGCUGAUGCCUUUGAUCCAGAAGAAUAUCAGUUUACCUGCCUAACUUACAAGGAGUCGGAGAGCACCUUGAAUGAGCACGUGGCCAGCUUGGCCUCCACAUUAAAGGUGUCUCCCGCAGUUGCUAAGCUUCUAUUAGUUAAUUUCCACUGGCAAGUCUCGGAGAUUUUGGAAAGGCACAAGUCCAAUUCUGCCCAGUUGCUAGUGGAAGCAGGAGUUCAGCUCACCUCAUCCAAACAUACAAUGGUACAUUCCUCCCAUCACUGCGCAGUGUGUAUGCAGUUUGUCCGAAAGGAGAAUUUGCUCUCGCUGGCUUGUCAGCACCAGUUUUGCCGGAGCUGCUGGGAGCAGCAUUGUACAGUACUCGUCAAGGAUGGCGUCGGAGUCGGAGUCUCCUGCAUGGCUCAGGACUGUCCCCUGCGGACCCCCGAAGACUUUGUGUUUCCACUGCUGCCUAGUGAGGAGCUGAAGGACAAAUAUCGGCGCUACCUCUUCAGGGACUACGUGGAGAGCCACUACCAGCUGCAGCUGUGUCCCGGUGCAGACUGCCCCAUGGUCAUCCAGGUACAGGAGCCCCGAGCUCGGCGUGUUCAGUGCAAUCGAUGCAACGAAGUUUUCUGUUUCAAGUGUCGGCAGAUGUACCACGCACCUACAGACUGCGCCACCAUCCGCAAAUGGCUCACCAAGUGUGCAGACGACUCUGAAACAGCCAACUACAUCAGUGCUCACACUAAAGAUUGUCCCAAGUGCAAUAUCUGCAUUGAAAAGAAUGGAGGCUGCAAUCACAUGCAAUGCUCCAAAUGCAAGCACGACUUCUGCUGGAUGUGUCUGGGGGACUGGAAGACCCACGGCAGCGAGUACUACGAAUGCAGUCGGUACAAAGAGAAUCCUGAUAUUGUAAACCAGAGUCAGCAAGCACAGGCCAGGGAGGCCCUUAAGAAGUACUUGUUCUAUUUUGAGCGGUGGGAGAACCACAAUAAAAGCUUGCAGUUAGAGGCACAGACGUACCAGCGAAUUCAGGAGAAGAUCCAGGAAAGGGUGAUGAACAACCUGGGAACAUGGAUAGACUGGCAGUACCUGCAGAACGCUGCAAAGCUGCUCGCAAAGUGUCGUUACACCCUGCAGUACACCUAUCCGUACGCCUACUACAUGGAGUCUGGCCCCAGGAAGAAGUUGUUUGAAUACCAGCAGGCUCAGUUGGAGGCUGAAAUUGAAAACCUCUCAUGGAAGGUGGAGCGAGCAGACAGCUAUGACAGAGGGGACUUAGAGAAUCAGAUGCAUAUAGCGGAACAGAGGAGGCGGACCUUGCUUAAAGACUUCCAUGACACAUAAAGUGGAAGGAGGUGGUGCAGUGCAGGGGUGAGAGCAGCAAGCAAGGUGACGGUGGCUGCAUCGUGAGAGAUGAGCACUGCCUGUGGGAGAAGCUGGCCCAGGACAAAACCAUCCGCUCCCCUUGCAAACCAGAGACGUGCAAACGCCCCAUCUUAGUCCCUUUCUGUUCCUUAUCUUUCUGCUUUUAUUUCUGCUGGGCUGGAGGGGGAGUGAAGACUGACAUCUUCCUCCUACCCCAGAUGGCUUUUGAGGGAGGUUUUCUGAAUGGCUGUUAAUAGUAUUAGAUCAUUACAAGGUAUGUAAUUUCCAACAGUUGUACAAUUAUACAGACAGACCCUAGAAUAACACACAACCCUUUUUAAAAACAAAUUGGCAGUGGAGUGUUUUUCCUUAAUAAUCUGCUUGUAAAUGUAAUGGGCUUCUGCCCCAAAAUCCUCUUAUGCACUGAGGGUUAUGAAAUAACCCAGCUAGAUUUCCCUUGCCUCUAACAUGCGCUUUGUAGCACUGGCCAGGGGCUGGAACUCAGGGGCGCUGCUGCUGUGUUUGAGCCUUACAGUAUCAGUGGUGGCAUCUCCUCUUUCAGCAGUAGUGUGCUGCAUGAACCAAAGCAAAUGGAGGUGGGAGAGGACAGAUCAGGUGAUGUCGGAGAAAUGCCUCGAGAUCAUUCAGUCUUUGCAGUUGGUGAAUUUAAGGUCUUCCAUGUGGAUUUUUGCUUCAGUUGGUUUUUAGGGGUUUCCUAUGCUGCCAAAAUGGCAGUGUCUGGGGAGACGGUAGAACAGUUGUUCUAACCGUGUUAAAUAGGCUUGAUCUUAAGUGGAGUGAAAUAAGCCAUGUUACUUUCCUGUGUGCAUCUUCGUAAUGAUCAGUCAUACCUGGUGUGUAACAUGAUCAAACUGCUUUGGUCCCAUUUACCCAGGCAAGACCACACCCCAUUGCAAGUCAAGGGGGGACCAGAAAUGCUUCAUGUGAUCCCUGACACAUCUUGGCAGUGUAGAGGGCACUCUAAAAGAAGUGUGAAAGCUGACCUUGUACUGCUCUUAGCCUGCAUCAAGCCAGACUGAAAACUGACUGGUAGAGUUCACUUGCCUCUGUUAGUGUACAAGCUGCUGGAGGGUUAUUAUUACAAGUCUGAUUAUCCGGAACUCUCAGAGCUUUUGUACGAGCGUGUUUAAUGUAAAAUAAACAGUUUUUUUUAGAA